CUCCUCCACUCUUCUUCACGAAGUAACGAACAUUGUCUCUCAUCUCACAAAGACAAAGACGCGCACGAGCACGUACGGAGAACUCUUCCUCUCGUCUCUCUCAGAGUCUUCUGCUCGAACACUCUAUCUCUGCUGCGACUUCAGUGUUCCGUUUGCUUUGCUGAUUAUGAUUUAUGGCAGAGCUGGCAACUGAGAAACAUGUUCGCUACAUAUUAACAGUUGAAAAGAGGAAAGAUAAUUUUGAAUCUGUGGUAAUGGAGCAUCUAAGAAUGAGUGGGGCAUACUGGGGAUUGACUGCUCUGGAUCUUCUGGGAAAGCUUGAUAGUGUUGAUGUUGAUGAGGUUACUUCAUGGUUGCUGAGUUGUCAACAUGAGUCAGGGGGAUUUGGUGGAAAUAUUGGUCAUGACCCGCACAUCCUGUAUACACUGAGUGCAGUGCAGGUGUUGGCUCUCUUUGAUAAGAUGGAUGUUAUUGACGUAGAUAAGGUGACAAAUUAUAUUGUCAGCCUGCAAAAUGUAGAUGGAUCCUUUUCAGGGGAUAUGUGGGGUGAAGUUGAUACGCGGUUCUCAUAUAUUGCCAUUUGUUGCUUAUCAAUAUUACAUCGCUUGGACAAAGUCAAUGUGGAGAAAGCUGUGAAGUACAUUAUAAGUUGCAAAAAUAUGGAUGGUGGUUUUGGUUGCACCCCUGGUGGGGAAUCUCAUGCUGGUCAAAUUUUCUGUUGUGUGGGAGCCCUUGCCAUAACGGGGUCACUAGAUCUUGUUGACAAGGACCUACUAGGUUGGUGGUUAUGUGAGCGACAGGUUAAAUCUGGAGGUCUGAAUGGGCGUCCUGAGAAACUUCCUGAUGUCUGCUACUCAUGGUGGGUUCUUUCUAGCCUGACCAUGAUUGAUAGAGUUCAUUGGAUCAGUAAGGAGAAGCUUAUAAGGUUCAUCCUAGACUGCCAGGACACAGAAAAUGGUGGGAUUUCAGACAGGCCAGAUGAUGCCGUGGAUAUAUUUCACACAUUCUUCGGGGUGGCAGGACUUUCACUUCUUGAAUAUCCAGAAGUGAAACCGAUAGAUCCAGCUUAUGCCUUACCUGUUGAUGUUGUAAAUCGGAUUUUCUUUACGAAAUAAGAGUGAAGUAGUUCAGUUCGAUGAUAUUAUCCAGUAAUGACUCACUCUUGGGAGUUGGAUCUACCACCCUCGGCGCAAAAACAAUUAAUUAUUUCCUAAACAAAAUGUUUACAUUGUUUAGCUUUGUUAAUUAAAUUGAUGUCAUACGAAUAA